GUCGCCGCUGGUAAGCGAUAAAACUAUAUCUUACGUUGCGUACAGAAAUACCCAAAGCAAUGACGAAAGCAGAGGUCUUGGUCGCGAUUUUCCUUGUCUAUUGGAGGAAUGCCGAUGGGGCCGUGACGACUUAUCAAUUGAACGGUCGGAAUACGGCUACAGUGACAACUGGAAGUCACACUUGCUGCAAUCGUCAGUCCACGGAUGUCACCCUUUCCGUACAAGCGACGUUGUUCGACAAGAGCAACACCAGAACCGACUUUAAGUCCAGCCGAUUCGACACCCGAAUGACACAGCUGGACAAACGACCUGGUGAUGAGAAGGGGCAUAUUCUAGCGUCCGUUUUUGGUGGACCGGCGGAAAUUUGGAAUCUGGCGCCUCAAGCCGACAACGUCAACAAGAGGUUACUAAAGAAAAACAGUAUUUUGGUUGGCUGGUACGAAUGCGAAAAAUGGAUCCAAGGUAACCUAGAAAAUGGAGCGCAUUUACCUGUCCGGGCGAUCAUGAGGCUCACCUACGAGAAUAACAACUGCAGGCCCACUUACUGGUCCAUCGAGGCGAGAAACUCCGAUCCUCGCGAUCCCGGCUGCAAAGCGGACAACAUCAUCAACGGUUACGGCGGACCUUUCGCCUGCAGGAAGGCUUAGUUGUUUAACAAGCACUAAGUUUAAAUAAAGUUUUUAUUACGUAAUUAAGAA